GACAGCAAAAUUAUAUGUGUCUCUGUAGUGGGCAAUGCCCGACGACAGGAUUUGCUAGAGACUGGCCGCCAUGGAUGCACUGCGGAAACAGUUUGGGAAGUGGGCGGGCACCAAGAGACCCCGACCCGGGGCGUCGAAAGCGGACGGCAGGUCCACCACCACGAUCAGCAGCAGGUCCAUCUCUCGACAUACGACCGCGUCGACAGUUUCGAUGUCCAGGCGGCGUACCACCAGACACACCAAAGCCGUGGCCUUCGACCACAAUAAGUACACGGUGACUGGUGGCAAGGCAAAGAAAAGAGCGUCGAGGGCAUCCAGCGCAAGGAUGUCGACCGUGGAGCCCACCAUCACGAAACGAGGCAUGACCGUGGUGGAGCUGAUCGUGCCAAUUAGGGACUCGCUUGAAGGCAAAUACAACUGUGAUGCGCCACACGAGGGCCGCAAGGUGCUUCAGGAGAAACUGCGCGUCCAUGUGGAUGCUCUGUUUCAUAUGCUGUUCUCCGCCACGUCGCCCUUCUUCCAAAAAUUCCACGAGAUGCGCAAGUCGACGGAUCUGAAGUUGGGCGCGUGGCGGAAGAAUGCCGCAGGUCAGAACGAGCGCGUCAUCACGGUCACUGUCGCCCUGAAGGGCAACGUCGGGCCCAAGGUAUCGAAAGUCACCGAGACCCAGACACUGCGCGCCUGCACACACCCCGGCCAGAUGUACUCCAUCGACGCGACCAGCGUCAAUGCGGAGAUUCCCUAUGCGGACUCCUUCCUGGUCGACAUGCACCUGUGCCUGCGCGGCACCCCCGAGGGUCACACCAAAGUCCUGGUCAUGGCCCAAGUCAAGAUAAUCAAGCCAGUGUGGGCCGUGGUCCAGUCGUUCAUCGAAAAGAACACAUUUGCCGGAGUCGAGGAGUUCUUUCAGUCCCUCUACAGUGCACUGGUCAAGGAUCAGAGGAGGACCACAAUGUUGCCUGCCAGCGGUUCCACUUAUUAGAGCGGAC